CGUUAAUUCAUCACGAUGGGGAAUGACCAAAGUAAUUUUGACGAUUUGAAGCGAAGGCAAAUUGAACAUGAACGAAAAACGGAGAAAGAAAAAAAAGAACUGUGGAACAAAUGGCUAAUCGCGGAAAAAGAACAAAAAGAACAAAAAAUGCUUCAUGAGGCCGAAUUGCAGAGGGAAAGGGCAAAAAUAGAAACAGAAUUGAAGAGACAAGAAGAGGCAAAGAAAAUGAAGUUAAAAGAAGGCCAAGAAUUCCUUCGUACUGAACACCUGAAGAGAGAAAAGGCGAUGAGGAAAGCUAUUGAGGAAGAAGAGCAGAUGAAGGCACAAAUACUUCAUGAAGAAAAACGUACUUCAGAAGAAAGAAAGACGAAAGAACUUGACAAACUACGUGACGAAGUGCCAAAUCUUAAGCCAGGUGACUCCAUUGAGUUUCCUAAUGAAGAUACUACAUUUGCCAAAGAGCUCAAUGUAGGUCUGUACGGUACGACGGGCAUCGGAAAAUCGUCGUUCAUAAACUCGUUGAAAUUUGCAUUAAAAGGGGAAUUGACAGAGCUCACGAUGGAACAAACCUCAACGGAUAAUUUCCACGGUGGCAACACUGUUCGGCGGCUGCCAGUUAGGAUAACAAAGUAUUUGACGUUCAUCGACAACAGAGGAGUUGGAGCAGAAGAUCUGGAAACUAUCGAUGCGUCUAACGAAAUCAUCAGCCAAUUGGAGGGUAGAUCUUCAUUUGCCGAAAAGGUUGAAUGGCGCAAAGAAUCUAGUAGUAAGAAGACUCUCGUUAACGAGGAAAAACAGAUCCACUGUACAGUCUUGGUAUUUGACGCCCAGAACCCACAGUCAGUCUACACGGUUCUGAGCAAGCUUGUUACAGAAAUCUUCGAAUGGCAAGGUCGCUACCCAAUUGGCGUUAUCACGCAUGUAGACGUAGCAACACCGGAUCAGCUGGAGAACAUGUAUGUUGUUCUCAAUUCCGCUGGAUUGGUUGACACAUACGAGGUUGCCAACAUCACCAGGGAGAGGAAAGAAUUAUCUCUAGACCAUCAGCUGAAUAUGCUAAAGCUGAUGAAACGCUGUAUCAAAGAAGGGGAUCGCAUAUUUGCAUUGAGAGGACGGAUUGAGCGUAUGGAGGUGCAACAAGCAGAGGAGAGGGAGAGAGAGGCCGAAGAAGUGAGACUUACACAGGCAAGAUUCGAGAGGGAGAGAGUAGAGGCACAGCAAGCUAAAGAAGAAGAAGAUGCACGAAUCGCAAAAGAGAAAAAGGAAGCAUUGCAAAAGAAAAUAGAUGCAGAAGUAGAAUUGGUGUUACAAGAAAAAUUUGAAAAAGAUCGACUGGCAAGAGAGGCAAGAGAGGCAAUAGAGGCAAGAGAGGCAAGAGAGGCAAAAAAGAACAAAAUAUUUGUCUCUCUGGCAGCUCUUGUUGUUCUCUUAGUCAGUAUUUGGUGGGCGGUAGAAUAACUUAACUCCUCGAAACAGAGUUGAUGCGAUUCUGCCUUGAAAGGAAUAGCUCUUUCAGAUUGAAAUAGUACCUUUAGAUUCAAAUUAAUACUUUUAUAUUCCCGUGUGAUCUUCAAGCAUAUUGUAUACUAUUAUGCAGAUAGAUUCUUCAAUAUUUCUUUUGAGAAGAAAUGUACAUUAUUUGCAGCUCAUGAUUCGCUCUGCACUCUGUCACUGUCACUCUAACUCUAACUAUAACUCUCAUUCU